GUGACGUAAUCACUCCAAAGAUGGCUUCUGCCCAAGGCGGAUCGGCUCCUGGAGCUGCGAUAAACACGUUGUUUACAGUUAAACCAAAGAUUUUGGAGGAUAAUCCAGAUGUGUUGCUUUGUUGUAUGGACACAUACAAGUUCCGGAUUCGCUUUUCGGGGGUUUCGUGCUUCGAAAUAGCUACUAGACGCUGCCACAUAGCAGUAUCGGGCGACCCACCAAACCUCCGGCGGCUGUGCUUGAUUCCUGACCGGGACCUGGGCGGAGUGUUCGCCGGAGUGCCGUCUCCGGUCAAACUACGCGUCAGAUCGAGUUCUACCAUCAAAUUCAACUGUUCUGAAGAUGUCAACAAGCAAGAAGUUUGGGGCACACUUCUCUGGGAGGUGGAGCAGCUGCACACAGACAAGACAGCGAUAAACUUCCCACCAGUCGCAGCAGAUAUCCCAGAUGAUCUGCCACAUGGAAUGGAAUUUCAACCUGUCGACAUCAGCCUACCAUAUGUAGACAAGUGUAAUUGCCUGAAGCCCAUCCAGUCACCUCAGUUACCUCUCAUCUUAGUGGACAUGUCCCGGGACAUGCAUGACCCAGACCCAGUUGUCGAUGCUUUACAGGACUUUCACCUGUCUGAGGAUGAGUCCGAUGACUCUCAGGAACAGGAUGGAAACACAGACAAUCAGUCAGACGAUGAUGAUAGAACUCUGAGUGGACAGAUUUUUGCUGUCGCCGGGUCGACCUGGCAGGCAUGCUAUCAAGAUGCCUUAGACAAGUGUUCUGCUCUAAGACGUGAUGGUACUGAUGUUGAAACUCGAGCAGCAUUUGAGCCCAACAAUGUUAAGGACAAAAAUGCUAUCAAGUUUGAAGUCUUCGUAGAAAACUGUUGGCAGGUUGUGGGGUACUGCCCAGGCACCAAAGUUCCCAAACUGACCCGGGCAAUGAACAAAGGUGAUGUAACUGAGAUUGCUGUUCACAAGUUACAGCUUUCUUACUGUGCCCCUGCAAAAAAAAACUUGUACAAGGCAUACGUCAAGAUUGUCAAGAAAGGGACCUGGGAAAGGGAUAGCUUAAACUACAAGUACAACUCAGUCAUUGUAACAUAA